UUCGUGAGCAAGCAAUAACGUCCUAGCCUUUGCACGAGUCAAAACACUGUAUGCCACAUCGAGCUCGAUUCAUAUGAGCAGUCAUAUUUAACGGGUUUAGCAGCUUAUUGGUGCUUUUAUUCAAACAGCAAAAAUGACUGCAAUAGCACGCAAGCUGGAUGUUAUCAUUUUCGGUGCAACGGGAUUCACCGGAAAGUAUACGGUAUACGAGGGAAUUAAAAUUCUAGCUGGUAUGAAGUGGGGAGUAGCUGGUCGUAGUAGAACCAAGCUUGAAGCGACAUUAACUGAAAUGGGUCGUAAGGCUAACACCGAUCUAUCAACUAUCCCGAUCGUGUUGGCCGAUGUUGACGAUCAACAAUCAUUGGUUCAGAUGGCACGCGAAUGCAGUGUGAUAGUAAACUGCUGUGGACCUUAUCGACUGUUCGGUGAACAGGUAAUUCGGGCUUGUUUGGAAGCUGGAACCCAUCAUGUUGACGUCAGUGGUGAACCUCAAUUUUUGGAAGGUAUGCAGCUUAAAUACCACAAUGAAGCUAGUGAGAAGGGAAUAUAUCUUAUUUCGGCCUGUGGAUUUGAUAGUAUCCCUGCUGACAUGGGGACCAUCUUUCUGGAACAGCAGUUCGAUGGGGUAGUUAACUCGGUGGAAAGUUACCUUUUUACGAAGGUUAGCGGCAAGCGGGAACUAGGCGGCAUUCACUAUGGAACUUGGGCUUCUGCUGUGCAUGCCAUAGCAAAUAUGAAAGAAGUUGGUGCGAUCCGGAAAGAGCUUUUCAAAACAAAAGUUCCAGAACCUGAGCCAAAAUUGAAGGAAAGAUCAACGAUUCACAAGUCAAGUGGAAAUAAAUGGUCGUUACCAUUCUUAGGAGCUGAUCGGUCCUGCGUCCGUCGGACCCAACGUUUCUUGUACGAAACCGAGAACAAGCGACCAUUGCAGAUGAAAGCGUAUAUUUCGUUUGGUAAUCUGAUAGAGGUGAUUGCUGUUACAUUCGUCGGUGCUAUAUUUUGGCUGUUAGUCAAAACAACGUUUGGCCAAAAUUUGUUGCUCAAUUAUCCACGUCUGUUUUCGUUUGGCAUGGUGUCUCACGAAGGACCCUCCGAAGAGGCUAUGAACAAUAUCCAUUUCUCGAUGCACUUUGAAGGACGAGGAUGGGAGGAAAAUUUAGGCAAUCCAAAUGAAAAAUAUGCCUAUCCACCGAAUAAAAUGCUCCAAACAAAGGUUACCGCCACCAACCCUGGUUACGGUGCUACCUGCGUGGCGUUACUUCUUUCGGCCAAAACAAUUUUACGUGAAGCGGAGAAAAUGCCAGGAAGGGGUGGAUUCUUAACACCAGGAGCAGCAUUUGCUAAAACCAAUCUUAUUUCGGAGCUUUGUAAUAAUGGAUUUACGUUUGAAGUUGUGUCCAAAGCUAAGCUUUAAUCCAUUGGAUUUGUUUUAGUCAGUACAACUUAUUUGAACCCGUUUGUAACGAUACGUCAACGCACAUUUGCUAUUAAACAACUAACGGCUUGUUUCUUAUAUACUAAAAACUAUAACACUAUACAUGCUGUACUUUUUGACCAAUCUAGGAUAUUAGCGCCUAUAUUAACUGUUUUAAACGUUUAUUUUAAAAUGACGGAUUACCAACAACCAAUCACCAGUACAAAUCAAAUUGAACACAGUAGAGCGAUGUUACUGUUAGCUUGC